AUGGAGACUUUAGUUUUUUUGUUUUCAUUUUCUGCCCUUGGCAUUCUUUAUGCCAUGAACACCAUCCCUGAAUUUCAAGAGCCUUAUGUGAUUCUGGAGAUUGGCGUUGCUGUUUUGGUCAUUGUGUUCCUCUUCUACUUCCUCAUCACUCGUGGCAACCCACCUAAAGACGUCUUAUUCUUUGUUUUUGCAGUAUUUUGCUUUACUUGUAUCAUUGACCUGACAAGCGCCUUGGAGUAUGAUGGCAUUAUAUCUGGCUUUAUGGAGUUCUAUCAGAAGACAGGUGAGCCUUACCUGGGGACAGCCUACGCCAUCAUGAUGUGUUACUGGGAUGGAAUAGCACACUUUAUCAUGUACCUGGCGAUGAUCAGCAGGAUAACAGACAGGAAAGCCUACCGUACCCUGGGCUUGUUCUGGGCUGGCUCUUUGUGUGCCAACAUGAGUGUGUUUAUUGCCGGGAUAGUAGCAGGUAAAUAUGGGUCAGAUGUCCGUCCAGCCUUCUGGUUAAACUUCCUCUUCCUUUUGAUGCCUGUGUGGGGAGCAAUCACACUAUUCACAAGGCCCAAGGACAGACCUCUGAUCGGUGGAUACAAUGCUAUGCAUGUUCAGACCAUGAAGCUGAUCUGGCGCCCCUUGGACCUGAUCCUAGUGGUGCUGCUGUUAGCUGCCAUGGCCUUUACCAUCCUCAGAGGCUUGGUGGCUCUGGACUCUCCACUAGAAGCCUGUUCUGUCUACCUUAAGUACUACGAACCAUACCUGAAGGAUCCCGUGGGCUUCCCCAGAGUUAUGAUGCUGCACUUGUUCUUCUACGGACUACCCCUGAUGGGUGCAUUUGUUUACGGUCUCCUGAAGCCGGGGUGCACCUGGAUGUCAGACUGGACCAUGUUCUUAGCUGGAGCCAUGAUCCAGUGCCAAUGGGCCCACAUCGGGGGGUCCCUCCAUUCCCGUACCACAGCUCCAUACCGUAUCCCAAAUGAGGCUUUCUGGUGUACGCUGACAGCUAACUUGCUCUACACGGCCACUCCCAUCCUGGUGGCCUUGCGGGUUCACAGUAACCCCUAUUUCUUCCUGAAAAUUGCCCCUUUCCCUGGGCAGACAGGUUUGCCAAACAGUGAGGAGAAAGAUACCAAGUACAAAGAGAAAUAGUCAUUCUUAAUCUUCCCUGACAUUUGAAUUGAAUUACUUAUUAGAUAAUUCAUGAAGAAUGUGCCGAAGUACAAGAUCAUUUCAAGCAAAACGUUUGGUUUUAGUCUUUAUUUAAAUUGUUAAGUUUAUUUUUAAAGCUUUGAUUGCUUAUUUUGUGCAUAAACAGUGACACAGCUGGUAGGUUAGUGAACUUGAAUUGUGUAUCAAUGUUUGUCAUAAUUCAUAGAACCUGUCUGCCUGUCUCCUAUUUGAGAAAAGAUCAUUGAGAGGAGAUGAAUGAGUAUUAAAGCACAUCAGAAUAUUGGACCAGUCCUUUACCUCUUGCCUCAAGCAAACAGCAUGCUGGUGGCUGAAACAGCAGCAGGUGUGAUGUAUUGUGUUGUGGGUUGGGCAAGUUUCACGUUAAGAUAACCAUCAUCAGGACAAUUUGAGGCUUGAACACUAGCAAAUCCUCCAAAAAAACAGUUUAUGAUGCACACAAAUCAACAGAAAUGCAGACACAGCAGACGGCAAAUGCACAAGUAAUAUAAUAA